CCAAACGUACUGCACUCUUCGGCCGGGCGUUCAGUGAGCGACUGCAGCUGGAGAGACAAUAACACUGUCUGCCACACAGCCUGAAAUUGUCUCACGAUGGAUCAACACCAGGACCUCAUGAACUCAACCCCCAACAGCUAUUCUGGGGACACCAUGGCUGCUGCUAUGGCUGAAGUGAACAUCAAGGACCUGCAACAGGGGGACCAGGUGCCCUUCCGACAGGAGGUCAGGCAGAAUGGGGUGCCGUCUGCACAUAUAGUACCUGGAGACAGCUCUAUGAAAGUAGACUCACAGGAACCUUCACCAAAGGAGACCACAGAGGAGCCGGUGCCUGAGGUUGCUGAGCUUGAGACUGCCCCCUCUGGUGAGGAGGUGCAAAUGGAUGCCUCGGUCACGGUCGACAUCCCUGUAACAGAGAACAGAGUUGAAACUCCUGAAGAAAUACCAGUGGCUGGAGGUCCUGGAAGUGCUGCUGCCCCCUCUCCAACAGGAAAAGCUAAAACCAAGGCUGGUGGUGAGAAAGAGGCUGAUGCUGACAAGAAGACACCCAAAACAACAUCUGCCAAAGCUAGACCCACUUCCACCCCAAAACGUCCCUCCUCAGUAACAGCAGCCCCCUCGAAAAAAACCCCGGCUUCCAACACACCUGGGUCCUCCACUAGCAGGCCCUCAGUGCCCACUAAACCCAGCACUGCAGGAGCUGGGGCCACCAGGCAAAGGGCUGGUGAUGGAAAGACUCCGAGUGGUGCUAGACCUCAGGCAGGUGGGACCAAAAUCCCUGCCAAGGCUCCCACUCAAACAGCUGCCUCCAAGGAAAAGAAGCCUGGAGCUGCAAAAAAUGGCAAAGAUUCCCCCAAGACCCCGGAGCGCAGCGGGUACAGCAGCCCCAGCACGCCCAAAUCCCCAUCCAGCCGUACCCCGGGGCAGCCGCUGGCUGUGGCCAGCAAGGAGGUGAAGAAGGUGGCGGUGGUACGCACCCCACCAAAGUCCCCCGGUUCCCUGAAGAGCCGCACGCCCGCUCCGCUGGUCCCCAUGCCAGACCUGAAGAACGUCAAGUCGAAGAUUGGCUCCAUCGACAACAUCAAGCACCAGCCUGGAGGCGGCCGGGUGCAAAUACUUGAAAAGAAGAUGGACUUUGGUAAUGUUCAGUCUAGGUGUGGCUCCAAAGACAAUAUCAAGCAUGUCCCUGGAGGUGGAAAUGUGCAAAUUCCUAUUAAGAAGAUCGACUUGUCUAAUGUUCAGUCUAGGUGUGGCUCCAGAGACAAUAUCAAGCAUGUCCCUGGAGGUGGAAAUGUUCAAAUUGUUCACAAAAAGAUUGAUUUGAGCAAUGUGCAGUCGAAAUGUGGCUCUAAGGACAACAUUCACCACAAACCAGGCGGUGGCAAUGUUGAGAUCAAAUCUGAGAAGUUGGAGUUCAAGGUCCAAUCAAAGGUUGGCUCUCUUGACAACAUUGGUCAUGUGGCAGGAGGCGGGCAAAGGAAGAUUGAGACACACAAGCUGUCUUUCCGGGAACAGGCAAAAGCCCGCACUGACCACGGAGCGGAGAUCGUCUACAAGUCCCCGACUGUCUCUAUGGACGGCUCGCCCCGUCGCCUCAGCAACGUGUCCUCCUCUGGCAGCAUCAACAUGACGGAUUCUCCGCAGCUCUCCACGCUAGCUGACCAGGUCUCCGCCUCCCUCGCCAAACAGGGUUUGUGAUUCCCUGUUCCCCCUCACAUGUUUCCCCCCCUGGGAACAACUGCAGUGAUGAUCAGAAAAAAAAGUAAAGUCACCUUGCCUUCCCACCUUACUUUAAACAAGUCUCUGGCAGGAUAUCCUGACUGGGUAAAAAACUCAGUCUGCCUUUCACCAUUAUUUUGCUGAUUGGUUUUUGGGGCAUGAUAAUUAGAGCAAAAUCUAAAAAUAAUAAAACAAACAAAAAAAAAACAGGUAAAUGAACAAAAGAUAUUCACUUCGAUUCCCUUUGGAACUUUUAGGACGCACAGACCUUGUAGGUUGUUUACAAUGUAUUUAAUUUAUCUUAAAAACACACCAUGAACAGAGUAUUGCCUUGAAGAUGAGAUGAAUACAUACAUCCUUAUGUCUCUUUGUUGUCCUGUUGUGACUUUUUUUAACCAUUACAGCUUGUUUUUGUAACAAAUUUGAGAUGUUUUGUUCUGUGCCAAGUGUGUAAGAACAACAGGCACGUGCAAGUAACCUAAUAUUCUGCAAAGUCAAAAAUCAGUAGUCAUUUUAGUGCUCUAAAUUUCAAGUCACAAGACAGAGGAUUGUCACAGGAUUAAGAUGAAUUUCAUUUAGGGCUAAAACUGCACAAGAGAAGUAGAUGUUAACCGUGUUUUCUUAAAAAAAAUGUAUGUUGACAAAAUGUACUAGCAUUAAGUUUCUUAUUAAAAUACAUACUUUGGUUCUCUAGUUCAGUUCCUUCAGGACAAAAGCUAGGGAUGGUCUGUGGUAUCAUACCCGACUGUGUUGAAAUUCAAAGUCAAAUUCUGAAAUCCCAGUAUGAUAAACAAACACAAAAAGUAAAAUAACUACUAGGUACUAGAUGUGAUGCUAGAGUGAUUGCAGUUAGCGGUGGCUGCAGAGGAAGGUGUAUUCACAUAGUUCUCUGAACAUCUUACUAACAGGUUUCAUUUGGCUUUAGGCAUGAAUGCCUGUAGCCACCUAUUGCUCCCCACACCACUGUAAAGUGGCAAGGAAUUCUUGGAAUGUCUUUUUACGAUACACAAUUUCACUAUCUAAGCCCUGGCUUAUGUUGAUUCUUGAGUCAACAUGUACAUACAUAGCGCACAGGGCUUACAAAACAGACACUGCAUGGACACGUAUAAGCUGUAUAAACUUAAUUUAUCUUAUUAUUAUGCAGAUAUGUUUUUUUUCCAAAUGGCAGAACAACAUUAAAUCCCUUAAAGAGUUAAAGUAAACUGCAGACCACAUCGAUGUAUUGAUAUGAAUAUUUCUCAUGUUGUUUUUGAUGACUGACAAGAAAAUUCAUCUAUGAUUUGAGGUUUUUCUGUGCUAUUCUACAGAUUUCAAACUCACACACAGGGUACCAGAAGGCUGGAGAAUUCACAGUGUAGUGCCAAUCAGUCAUUACUGUCUCCUCAAUAUACAAAGUUGUUAAUGUUUUACAGUGCUUUUACUCCGUGAAAACACCAUUUUCACAUCUGAAAACACCAUUUUCUGGGUUUAUUAUGUGAUUGAAAAGUGUGGAAUUGUUAUUGUGAAUGAUGCAUGUUCCAGUGUGAGUUGUUUCAGAUUACGGAGGAUACAUUUCCAGAGAUUGGGAAGGUGCUCAUAUACUUGCCAUUUGAGUCAUACUCUGAAAGAACAGUAAAAACCAAGCCCAUUUGAGUGAAUCAGGUACAUGGACAAGGGGAAAAUGAUCUCAAUUGUAGUCCUAUUCCCUGUUUGUUUCCCUAUUCUGGUUUACAUUUUUUUUAAUGCCUAUUUGUCAUUUCAUGGGUCACUGUCUGUCCUUAUUUUCACAUGAAUGAUGAAAUGGAAAACAGACAGGAUGCUCUGACUUAUGGGCUUAUAUUGUAAAACUGAUGUCCUAAGGUUUUUUCCUUUCAUAGUAAGCCCCAUAAUUUGUCUUUUAUGAAGGUUUGAAAGGCGUGACCUUCUUCUGAGAAGUCCUACAUGGCUUCACAUUUGCUGGUAAACACCACCAUUUGAGACUGUGCAGGGUGAUAGCAGCCCAGCUGUACAGAGUAUGAAUCCACAUCAGAGUUACAGGGUACCUGCUACAAAAUAGCAUGUGGAGGGAGCUGAUGGAUGCAGACUCUCAUUUAGAAAGUAGGGAAAAAAAAUGUUGCGAGGAUGUGAUGAUGAAUCCAGAGACAAACGAUGGUAAGCAUAGGCAUAUCUCACUUUUCAUUACCUAGAGCCCUGCUUAUUGACUUCCCAUGACUUUCCCUGCAUGAAUAGAAAAGAUAGACAAGCACAGUAAGUGGAACCCACCCCCUUCCCUACUUGCUUUCAUUGCUGUGGGUAUACACUGCAUAUAAUGAAGAUAAAAAAACAGAUGCUUCACACAUAUCCAGCUUGUGUUGCACACCAUUUUCUAAUCGUGUAUUUGUGGAUGUGAACCGUACCUGCUAUGGAAACCUGAUUUAACUGUGCCUGCUGGCAGUCAUAAUUCUAUUUCCUUUUGUCUCAGCUCUCUUCUGUAAAUGCUUGUCCGUUACCUUUCGUUUUUAAGGUAACACAUCUUUCUCACAAUUUUCCAUUGACUGACUUGUUUAGACAUGAGAACCAACAACAGCAGCAAAAAGACUAGAACAAUUAAAAUAGCUUUCUCUUAAUCAAAACCAAGUGUGCUAAAUUGUAACAUAUGUGAAAAUGAAGAACUGUGUGUUGCAUAUUGAACUGAAAUAAUCUUAACAAGAAAAAAAGUGUAUGUAUCAGUCCGUUAAUGUUGUUUGAUGAUAUGAUGAAUUCAUGUGUAACUGCCAAACCUGAGUGCUCAAUGUGAUGUAAAUAUUGUCGGGGACAAAAUAUUCAGUCCAAUCCUGUGAGAGACAAGAGCCCCGCAGUUUGAGCGACAGAUCUGAACCCAAACUGUUUUGCCUGACUUUCUGCCAGGGGGAGGUUAAACACUUACAAAAUGUUCUAUUAAUUCUUGCAGCACUCUCUUCUGCGCAAACGCCAUCCUUUGAGGCUGGACACACUUGAGUAUUACCCUCUCCCUCCGACUCUGUCACAAAGCACUGGGUUCAGGUCUGAAAGAAACACAGAUACGAAACAUCAAGAAACAGCAUUCCAUGCCAUUUCGCACAACAUCCCAUAGUUUGGCGCAAUGUUGCUCUUUUGAAAAGGUCCGAGGCAAAAAGGUUUCCAGAGGGAAUCACUUCUCUUACAGCCAACUACUACACUUACUUCGGCAUUGCUUAGUCUUUAGUAGCUAUGCUCCUUGCAUGCUCUUCAAAUAGAGUUUACAGUACAUGUUGCUACUUGUUUUUCCCUAGUACUUCCUUUGUAUAUCCCGUAUGUGCUACUUUAUUAGACUCUGUAAGUAGCAGUAGGAGGAAGUAAAACCCAAAUGGCAACCCUUUUUCUUCUUGGUGGAGACACAAAGUGUAACGUUAUAGGUGGCGUUAAAGAGUUAUCCAAACUAUAUGUUAUGUGUACAUGUUUGGCUCCUUUAAAACUAUUGCCAAGGGAGUAUUACAUCAAUGUAGGAGAAGAAGCUUGGAAGACAAAUUUCCAGCAUGCAACAAACUCAUCUGCAUGUAACCUUGUUUCACUCACUGGUAGACACCAAGAGUUCUGAAUGAUAUGGAUGGUUGUUUCUGUACUGUCUGUGUAAUGUGCAUUACUGAAACAAGCAGCAGGAGUAGGCAUGGUAGUUUUCUUUGUUGAGAUUUGUUCAAGGACAGGGUAAUUUUCCAGUUGAAUGCUGUCAUUUAAAAAAAAAAAAAAACUGGUCUGGAAAGAGUGGGUACUGUGAGGCUUUUCAGUGUUGUAAAUGAUUUUUUUUUUAGCUCUCGCCUCCUGAUUGGAAGUCUUGGAAAGAUAUAGCAGUUCCAAUCUCAUUAAGGCCUUUGAAUUCUUUUCAGUUUCUGCUCAAUUCGCAGAAUUAUUUUUUCGCAGUUCUAACUCUGGCUUGG